AAUGAGUCCUUCUCCGAAGGAGGCUUGGGUGCCACUCUGCUUUCUCCACACCGACAUUUCCACUUGAUCCAGCGCUCCCGUCUGCCCCCCACUCUCAGCUUCCUUCCAGAGGGGCUGCCUAUGCACCUUGAGCCCAGCAGAGCGAGGGGGCCACCAUGCUGAUAAAGGAGUAUCGGAUCUGCAUGCCACUCACCACUGAAGAGUACCGCGUUGGACAGCUCUACAUGAUCAGUAAGCACAGUCACCAGGAGAGCGAAAAAGGCGAGGGUGUGGAAGUGGUGAAAAAUGAGCCGCAUGAAGACCCUGUCCACGGGCCCGGCCAGUUCACCGAGAAACGUGUGCACCUGUCCAGCAAGCUGCCCAGCUGGGCUCGCGCAGUGACCCCCCGGAUAUUCUACAUCACAGAGAAGGCCUGGAACUAUUACCCCUACACCAUUACGGAGUACACGUGCUCCUUCCUGCCAAAGUUCUCCAUUUAUAUUGAGACUAAGUACGAGGAUAACUGUGGAGACAAUGCGAAUAUCUUCCUCAGUGACAAAAUCCUGGGCGAUCAUGAGGUCACGUUCCUGGACAUCGCCUUUGACGAGAUUCCUGAGCGCUAUUACCAGAGCCCAGAGGACCCACGAUAUUUCAGCUCAGUGAAGACGGGCCGGGGGCCCCUGAGAGAAGGCUGGCAGGAGCACACCAAGCCCAUCAUGUGCUCCUACAAACUGGUCACGGUCAAGUUCGAGGUGUGGGGGCUGCAGACACGAGUGGAGCAGUUUGUCCACAAGGUGAUCCGGGACAUCCUGUUGAUAGGACACCGGCAGGCCUUCGCCUGGAUAGACGAGUGGUGCGAGAUGACGAUGGACGAGGUGCGCCAGUAUGAGAGGGAAACUCAGGAAGCCACCAACGAGAUCAUCGGCAGGGUAACGCCCUCCAUUUCCAUCAGCGAGGUGGGGCAGCCCUCGGACACUCACAGUGCCCCUGCCAGUGCCCCCUCCACGCCACUGAGCGGUGACCCCCCAGAAUUCCUCAGCGCACCCAAGGACAGGGCCCGGAAGAAAUCCGCUCCGGAAAUGCUGACGCUGCCAGCACUGAGGGAACGUGCCAAUGCUGAGUAAUAGCUACCCUUGGGCCAAGCCCAUCGGACAGCUGCAGAGCCCCGAUUCCUUCCCCCCAUGACUUGGGGACAACGCCACCCACCUAACCUGCCUUGAGACGCCUAAACUCUACUGUCGUCCUUCAGAAUGUCGUUCCCUCCCUCCCCAAUAAAAGAGACCCCAGAUCGGUUCCAGAGCCGGACGGCGGAAGCCCCGUUGUGAGGUUGCUGACUUCCCUGCUGUCAUAGAUGGCCUGAGGCUGCCGUCUCCCUACUCCCCUGUGGCCGUCUCUCUCUUCUCAGCAUUCCAGUGCGGGCUCUGCUUUUCCAGCCAUCAACUCAGGGAGGGCUCCUGGUCCAGCCAGCACAUUGGUGCUGCUUCUUGAGGGAGAUGCGCUGCACCGGACCAUGUUGGCGGCGCUCCUCAGCCACCCCUUAUCUGUCCUUGGGGGUGAUGCUCCUCCAAGCACCCUCUGCUGGAGCCAGGCUGGGGAAGGAAACCGACACGCCAACCUCUCCCUAAUGAAGUCGGAAGCACCUUAGAAACGACAGUGGAUUCUGCUUAUUAGCAACCUCUUGAUUGCCAUUAUCUGGAAGUUACCAAUGAGCGGGAAGCAGGUGCUGCUAGGGAAAGAAGUGUUGGGAUAUGCUGAGCAGGGUCCUCGGUGCCAGGGCAGGACACGGCCUGGAGAGCACAUGGAAAGGUACCUUGCAACCCCAGCGCUUCCUUCCUGUGCAGCCCUGCAAACCUGCCUGCAGCCGUGGCCAAGCUGUCAGUAAGCAGCAGGCCAUUGGCAGUGUGGGAAUCCCAUUGACAUUACAGGGGGCAGGAUCAGCUGGCCAAACACUACUAUUAACCAGAAGUUGUUAGCAUCAGGAUUGCUUGUAAGUGGAAUCUAUGAUAUCCAUAAAAACUGCCAGGCAUUGGCUGCCCCUGGUCCCCAUUGGGACCUGCAAGGACUUUUAGCUGAUGUCCCUGCCUCCUCCCGUGAUUUCCGGCUGCACGCCUGGCUUCCAUGUAAAACAGUGGCCCCAACCAUCCACCUAACCUCACUGUACAGUCUCCUCCCAGCUGCAAAGCCAUGGUGAGGGCACCUGCUUCCUUUCCAGGCUAAAUAGGAGAGCCAGGUAUUGGACUGAAGAGAGGCGCUGCCGACAGCCCUAUCCAGACUGCUUUGGGGACAAUCCCCUGCGGCCAGAUGAGAUUCCUCAGGGCACUGGUGAAGAGCCAGGCUGGGGCCUUGUCUAUGCUAGGGACAGUUUCCUACCUGUUGCUAGCCCUGGUUCUCUGGCACUAUCUAUGUUAGGAGCCCCAGUGUAGAAAAGGCCCCACCAGAUUGUACGCCCGCUCUGAGUAGGGGGUUAUGCGACACGGGCCUGAUUAUCAUUUACACUCAGGGCCCCACCCUCUGCCCUGUCAGUAGUUCAAAGCAGCUAUGGUGUGCAUUGGCGCUGGCAGACAGCAAGCCGGCUUUGCCAGGCCCCAGUGUUGCUAAGCAGUGGGUAUGCCUCAAUGUUAGGAAUGGGAUGGGGAGCUUCAGCCUUUGUCUCUAGUGUAAACAGGUCCCUGAAGCCUGAAUUGCUGCUCUUCGCAUUGCUGCUUCUGCUGUCCCAGCUGAGCUGCCCCGUGUCUGUAAGCCCUGCCCGGGGAAGGUCAGGGAGGGCCCUGCCUGGUGCCCUUUCCUUUCACCAGUCCCCUCUGGUGACACUGGCAAGAAUGGAGCCCAUCACUCCUGACCACCCCGCCUUUUAGCCAAGCAGUGUUCUCUCCAUUGGUGCCUUCAGGAGUAGGACUAUCGCCACACAUGCUUCCUGGUGCCCUUGUGGGCCCUCGGCGAGGCUGGUGUGCACCACUCCCCCUCCCUCCAUGCACCAGGUUACCAUCUGUUCCGACUGCGCCUCAGUCACCUCAGACUUCAGCAGCCUUGAAACUGCCUCUUGCUAAUCCAGCUCCCUGCUGGAGUAGGGUCUUAUUGCCAGCUGAGCCCCUGGAGCUGCCAUGCAGGACCUAAGGGAUGCUGGAAAUGUGCAGACUCUGGGAACAGGGGGUGUCAACCACCAACCGUCACAGCCAUAAGGCUGGUUUUGAACCGCCCAUACUAAGCACACAUUGAAUUGCACUUUUUCCUAAACAGGAAUCUCCCCAACUCCCUCCCCUCUGCUAGGGCCUCCUGGCUGGUCUCUGUUUGUCUGGGUUGUAAUUAUCCAUGCUACGAAUCGUGUCCCAGACCAGCAGAAAUGAAAUAGCCAGUGUCUGCUUCAAGAAAGUGCAUGGGCUGCUGCAGGAAUAGGGAUGGUCUAAGCCAAGGUGACCUUGAGCAACAAGGCCCUGAUCCCGUGAGGAGCCGAGCACCUUUUCCGUAGCUCUGUGUGCCUUCCGUUGAGGUUUAGGGGCCUCAACAGCAAGCAGGGUCAAGCUUGUAGUCUUUUACAUGAGGCCACUGGAAGAGUAGAUUGGCUCUUGCUUGGGAUUCAUAGUUGCCAGCUGAGAAGCACUGGGACAUGAUGGGAGAAGGCUGGGUUUGAAGAUGCACCCACGUGUUUGGAUGUUUUUCCCAACCUAGUUCUACAAACUAUCCCAAACUCUUGAGUCUGCAAAACUGGGCUGGGAUUUAAUGGGAACAGGGUCUCGUGGCAUUUUGUCACCCCGGAAGCUACGUGAAAAUGGGGAACAUUAACCAAGCAUUUUGGAUAAGUUGAGUUUGAGCUGAAGGUUUGGGUUUAUUUUUAAUUUGAUCUAGGCUGGCUUGUCCGCCCCAUGGGCAGUGCAAAGGGCUGAUGCAGUUGUGUAGAAAAUCCAUUCACUGCCUGGCAGCGCUGAAUGCUAUGGAAGGAAGUGUUUUUAUAUGUGCUAUAGAAGGUUGGAUAUUAGAGAUGGGCUAGACCCAGAGACUCCAAUUCAAACCCUUCCCAAGGGCGAGGAGUUGGAUUUGAAUCCUCCGAGUGUGGUUCAGGUUCUGGAUCAAAUCCAGAAUUGGGAGGGAUCUAUUUGCUGCUUCCAGGAAGCAGCUGAAAUCUCACAAAGCCACAUGGCAAGAUUUUUGCACCCUCGGAUUUACACUGAAGACCAGAAUUCCAAGUCAGAGCCUUGCUCCGUAGGAUCUGAGUCCAUCUCUGGGGUAGAUCAUUGUCCCUGGUUGGAUGGAUUUUACAAAGCCCCCUCUGGUGUCACUGGAUUUUAUGUACCUCGCUCAAGUUUUGUGUAGUAUGGACUAAGCCUUUUAAUGUGUCUGGUGCUUCCUGGGUCUCAGGGCCUUGUGCGGCUGGGAUUUGGUCUGUGUUUCGCCCAGAUACAACAUUCCAGUCUGGA